CUUCCGCAUCCGCAGUCCCCAGUCCCGCACCCGGGGUCGCUGACCGGCGACCGCAUCGCCGAGCCAGUCAGUCGCCGAGGCGACAGACAGACAGCGCACCCCCGCAGGAGCACCCGUUACCAGCUGCACAAAACGGCCAGUUUUUAUUCCGCUGCCGUCGCGUGCUGCAUCCAUCGGGGGCCCGGGACAGAAAUAUCCUCCUGCUGCUCCUCGGCCUCGGCGUGCUCGCGGAGUCGCGGGCGGGCGGAGCAGGAGGGGCGAGGAGGCGGAUCGGGGAGCGGAGAUCCCGGCGGCCGGAGGGAUGGCGAAGGGCGGCGGGGAGAGGGGCGCGCUGCUGCCGGUCUCGGCGGACGACGACGGGAAGGGCAACGGCGGAGGGGGAGGCGGCGACGAUGCCGUGCUGUUCAAGGGCUCCGCCAUGACCCGCCGCGGCGCCGCCGCCGCGCUCUCCUACAUGGCAUGCUCCGUAUUGCUAGUGAUGUUUAACAAAGCAGCUCUGUCUUCGUAUAAUUUCCCUUGUGCAAAUGUCAUCACGCUCCUUCAGAUGGUGUGCUCAACGUGCCUUCUUUAUGUUCUGAGACGGUUAAAGAUCAUCUCCUUCACAAAUAGUGAUCCAUCAGUGCCUUCUGAUUCACUAUUCUUUGUGCCGUUUAGGUUACUGUUGCGCACCACACCUCUUUCCUUGGCUUAUUUACUCUACAUGCUGGCCUCGAUGGAAUCAGUCCGUGGAGUUAACGUUCCUAUGUAUACAACUCUACGGCGCACAACAGUCGUGUUUACAAUGACAAUGGAAUAUUUCCUGGCAAAGCAGAAGCACACCCCACCUAUAAUAGGCAGUGUGGCUUUGAUUGUAUUCGGAGCAUUCGUUGCUGGAGCUCGAGACUUGUCAUUUGAUGCUCGUGGGUAUGCUAUUGUCUUUGUGGCCAACAUUACGACAGCUGUUUAUCUUGCUACUAUCAACCGUAUAGGAAAAUCUAGUGGCCUCAAUAGCUUUGGCCUGAUGUGGUGCAAUGGACUUGUCUGUGGACCUUCAGUACUGUUCUUGACAUAUAUUCAGGGUGACCUAAGGAGGACCGUGGAAUUUCCGUACCUUUACUCCCCUGGGUUCAUGGUUGUGCUGUUAUUUUCGUGCAUCUUAGCAUUUCUACUGAACUACACUAUCUUCUGGAACACAAUCCUGAAUUCUGCACUCACACAAUCGAUGUGUGGGAACUUGAAGGAUUUCUUCACCGUUGGAAUUGGUUGGGUUCUAUUUGGUGGGCUUCCUUUUGAUCUUCUUAAUGUUAUCGGACAGGGAUUAGGCUUUUUGGGCUCUGGAUUGUAUGCCUACUGCAAGAUCAAAGGAAAGUAGAUGCUGAUGUCUAGUGGGAACAACUGGGAGUAGACGUUGGGUGUGACUUGGUGUUUGAUUCAGGGGCCAGUGUGCUUAACAAAAGUAGCGUUAUUUAUGCUGUUUGCUCCUACAUAUGGGAGAGAAAUUUUGUAGGUUUCUUGUAUUAUUAAACUUCAGCCCUCAUGAACACUACAAAACUGACAAGGAAAUAGAGUAUACCGGAUUUUUACUGUUACUUUA